CCCACCAAACUUCUGAAGCCACCAACUAGCUGGUAAGAUAAAAAAGCUCUAGGUUUCAUGGGCCAAAGUUCCCCUGUUGUAUAAAUGCCAUUGAGUUACAAACUGAGAGUAUCAGAAGCUGAGAUUUAUGCUGCCAUCAGAUGUCGGAGAUGGGGUCCUGCCUGUGUCACCUUUCUCCCCGGCUGCUGCUCUCUCUUCUGGGUUGGAGUCUGAGCUGCUGUCCUUUCUUGGGAGCAGCAGUUUCUCCAUCUUCAGGGCCACGCGUCCGGCCCAGCUACAGUUUUGGCCGGACUUUUUUGGGACUUGAUAAAUGCAAUGCCUGCAUUGGGACAUCAAUUUGCAAGAAAUUCUUUAAAGAAGAAAUAAGGUUUGACAGCUGGCUUUCUUCCAAUUUAAAACUCCCUCCCAACUACCUCUCUUGCUACUCUGGGAACUACUCUGAUGAUUCCAAAAGUUGGCGGCCAGUUGAGAUCUCCAGACUAACCACCAAAUACCAGCAUGACCAAUCCGACAAGAGAAUUUGUACUUCCCUUAUCCACACUAAGAGUUGCAGUAUUGAGAGAGCCUUAUGGAAGACAGAGAGGUUUCAGAAAUGGCUGAAAGCAAAACGCCUCACCCCUGACUUGGUUCAGGGUCUGCGUACACCAAUGCUCCGUUGCCCAUCUCAACGACUCCUAGACCGAAUAGUGCGCCGAUAUGCCGAAGUGCCAGAUGCAGGGAGCAUUUUCAUGGACCAUUUCACAGACCGGGAUAAACUGCGCCUUCUCUACACACUGUCAGUUAAUGCUCAUCCCAUCAUGUUACAGAUUUUCCCUGGAGCAGAAGGCUGGCCAUUUCCAAAAUACUUGGGCUCCUGUGGUCGGCUAAUAGUUACUACCAGCACCAGACCCCUGAAGGCUUUCUAUGGCACAGUGCCUGAAGUAGCAGCAGAUUUGGCUCUUCAGCUUCUUGCUAUCCUUGAGUCCAUGGCAAAUAAUGAUCUGAACUAUUUCUUCUACUUUACUCAUGUCGAUGCUGGCACGUUUGGCGUUUUCAGUGAUGGACAUCUGUUCAUCCGAGAUGCCAGCACUCUGGGAAUCAUUGACAAGCAGGAAGGUAGUCAAUGGAUGGAUGUUCAAGUGGAAGAGAAGGAUAUUUUUAGUUGCUUGGUGACAGAUUGCCAGUCUGUGGUCCCCUCCUGUAAUUCCAUCAAGCGUACCCAGAGCCUCAGCAUGGUGUGCGCAGAACUUCUAUCUAAGCUCUUAAAAAAAACGUUUCUAUCUCCUGUGCAAAAGAAGAUUGACGAGGCUCUGAAUAUCUGUGCAGACAGCUCUCUCACCAACCAAGAGAUUGUCCUGGCAGCUAAGGAGCUAUCUGGCAUUUUGAAACCUCUGAGGACCUGCGAUUCCCAUUUUACCUACCGCUACCCUGACUGCAAAUAUACUGUCAGUCCCUGAAGAAAAUGUUCUGCUGGUAUCCCAAUCUAUUCUCUACAUGCCUCUCCUGCCUUUCGAAGUUACAAGGAUUGAAAUUAUUCAGUCCAUGGGGAUUUAAACACUUUUCCACUCUGCUAAUGUACCAUGGACACACUUUGUGAGUUAGUUGGGUUAGCAGUUUUCAAAAGCUCUCAAACUUAGCUUUGCAGCACCUAUGUGGUAAUGUAGGACCCUGAGCCACUUGGCAUUGGGCCAAAGAUACAAUUCUUGUUUUGUUUUGUUUUUUGCUUUCUAUGGCUGCAUAGAAAGCAAUUCUUGAAUAAUUCCCAAACAACUUUCUUGAUUGCUGGCUGAAAAUGGGAUAUUUUGUCCCUUUCAUGAGAGUAGAGACUUACUACCAAUUGCUGUAUCUUCGGUCACUCUUUCCCCCAGCUGUAGUGGCAAAUUAGGUUUGUAGCGAAGUAUGAAUUUGACUAACUUUCUGUUUGUGAUCAUGAGUUGCAUCUGUCCCCCUACCAAUUCUGAGUUGUUGGGGGUUUUUUUUGGGGGGGGGGGGGUCAAUAGUUUCCAGAGGGCUACUUGGGCUCCACCAUCUGGUUGCUUUCACUUUGCCUUCUUUUAUCACAGGUACAUUAAAUCUUCUUGUUCUCUAGUCUA